UGACAAACUGGAGGAUCAGAAUCUUCACCUUGCUGCUCAGCUGAAUAAACACAAGAGUGAUGUUCAGGCAUUUUAUCGACACAUCAGCCAACAAACCCAGGAGUUAAAGGAAAUGCUGGAUGGUUUUAAUUCUUGCAAGUGCCAAAACAAAGAAGGAAAAUGGAUCAUGGUAGAUGAGCUGGAAACCAUGAGCAGAGCACAAGCUGAAGCUCCGAGAAUAAUGACAAGUGAUAGGGUUGGCAGCUGUACCACCAUUAACUUCUGGGAGGGAAGCCCAGUAAUACAGAGAGAUCAGUCCAGCCAGUGUCUUGAGGAACUUUUUAAUAAUCUAAAUAUCUUAGUUCAUAAAAUCAACUCUGGACACAUCAGCAUCUCCAAAGAAAUGAUUACAAAGGCACAAAGGUUAUAUAGGUUUUCAGAUGGAGUGAUGAUUUCAGUUCAAGCCAACACAGAACAAGAGGAAAGGAAUCCUGUUGAACAAUUUGCCACUGACAGUGCAGAAAUGUCAGGCAAUAUUGAGAAGCAAAGAACAGUUUUUGCUCCAGUGAAAGAAGAGCUGUCAAUGCAUGAUUCAUUCACUGAGUCAAUCUUUCCCUGUGAUAAGGAUUUAACUGAGAUUCUUGUUUCGUCGUCACUUCUGAAAAAACUAGAAGAACUGAAACAAGCACUAGUAAAAAACCACGAAGCGGUCAAAACAGAAAGCUGCGAUGUAAAUCCUUUGGAUCCCAUUCCAUUGGGCAAUCAAAGCCUGAUUCCAGCAGAUCUAGGUAACCUGUCCCCACACCACUUUGUGAUCUACAGAUUUGGGUGUUACGUUGUCCAUCUGCUGUGCAGUAGCUGCGGUCACUCUCCCCUUACCGUCCUACUGGCAGACAGCAUUUCCACUGAAGUAAGGACCCGCUGCCAGAAUAUUUUAUACAAGAACAGUUUUUACUACGAUGCCAACAACAGGAUAUUGUAUAUCAAGUCAACCUGGCUCAACAAUGCAGGAGGGUUUAUAGUCAGCAUUCUUCACACAAUGGCACAUAUUAAAGCUGGAAUCCAAAUAAAUGAUGGUCAUCCCAUCUUCACUGAGGAGUUUGAGCGUGGUGUUGCCGCCUUAGGCACCACUCUAUUCUUAACGUGCUGUAACACCACUGAUAAUGGGAUAGAAGAAAGCAAAGAUACUACAGUAUUGGAUUCUGAAAAGUGGAACAAUGCUAAACAACUACCUUGUGUUCAGUCAAUUUUUGAGGAUCUUAUCCACAUCAAAGUACCACCUGAAACAAAAUUUAUUGAAGAAAUCCUACAUGAUAGACUUAAGAAAUACACAUUGUUUAAACUGCACAGCAUGCUACAACAAAUCCUGGAGCCUUCAGGAAAGUCAAGGAAAUUCUCAGUACUGGAGGGAAGAAGGGCAGCAACUGUUCACCCUGAAACAGAUUCUGAAGAUAAAGAUGAAGGUUUUGCAGAAUAUAACAAGCAGACCAGAAUUGCAGAAUUGGAAGAAGAAAUAGAUAAAACAAAUGAGGAAUUUUCUCUUUACACAACCAAGAUUGCAGAGUCCAACCAACAACUUAAACAUCUGGAGCAGGAGCUAAGAAUCCAGGCAAACUCGGGACAGUUAUGGAUGCAGGAGCCUGGGGACAAAUGUGAGUCACUUUUGGAAGAUUUCCACAAUCUGUUGAAAAAGCUCUCACAGGCCAGGGACAUGCUGUCAAUGCUCCACUUAGAGAUAUUGUGUACUAAACAGACUGAAGGAACUGGAAUCUGAAUUAGCAGAUGUUUACACAGCGCUGGAAAACAGACCAUCCAGAAUCUCAAACCUGGGAACAGAAGUACUGUCAGAAAGUGAAGUGUAAAGUUGAGACAAAUUAAACUAAAAAACAUGUAAUGUGAAAUCUAAAUAAUUAAAAUUUUUAUUUUAUUUCAGUGUGAGAGAGAAAGGAAAUCACACCUGCCUCUCUAAUUAUUCACAGAUGCUGUCUGGAGUCUAAUGCUAAAGAAUCCCCUUGACUCAUCCUUCUUAUUCAACUCCAUCAUCUAUCAUGGUUAGACUUUGACCCUGCCAAUGAGUAAUAAAAUGCUAAUCUUCAGGAUUAGGUUAGAUUAGAUUAUGUUUUUGGGAAGUAUCAACACAAUUUACAAUGUAGCAUGUAUUAUGCAUUAUGCAUUGUGUUCCUCUAGUUUAUCUGGUUUCUGGAUUUUUUUUUACUUGCACCAACACUUUGGGUUACAAUAGAAACCCCAAGCUAAGGUACAUAAUUGAAUGAGAGAUCAUCUACAUUCAAUGAGUUUCCUGGUGGAACAUGUUGGGUCAACCUAACUUAAAACCAUUGUCCACUUUAUCAUACCAGAGCAUGGUCAGAGCUAAUUCUGUGCUCUGAGCAGGGAAGUUGCAUUUGGGUGGAGCCCCAAUCAUCUGACAUACCAAGAUAUGAAAGAGGAGCUGAAGUAGGUCAUUUGGCCCCUCAAGACUGCUCCACCAUUCAAUAAGAUCAUGAUUGAUGCAUUUGUGUUUCGAAUUCCACAUUCCCAUCAAUCCCCAACGUUUCCUUGUCUGACAAGAAUCUAUCUCCCUCCACCUUAAAAAUAUUCAGUGAUGCUUCCCACUGUUUUCUGAUAUUGAGAGAUCCAAAUUCACACAAUCCUCAUCUCUGCCCUAAAAGGGUGCUCUUAAUUUUGGACUCGCUCACAAGAGGAAACAUCUUUUCACAUCCACCUUGUCAAAACCGCCCAGGUGUUGAUGUGCUUCUGUCAGUGACCCCUGAUUCUUAUAAAUCACAGUGGAACAAGUCUAGCCCAGCCUUUUCAUCAUAAGUUAAUCCAUUCAUUCCAGGCAUCAAUCCAGCAAACUGUCUCCAAUGCAUUUACAUCCAUCCUUAAAUAAGGAGAACAAAACUGCACACAGUAUUCAAGAUGUGGUCUUGGGAAUGUCCAGAGCAUCCUGCCUUUUCUGUUCAAUACUCUUGUAUGAAAAGGCAAGCAUUUCAUUAACCUUCUUGAUUACAUGCUGUACCUUCACACUAACAUUUGUGAUUCAUGCACUAGAGCGCCUAAACGUCAACUUUCCUGCUUCUCUGAUGUUGCCUGGCCUGCUGUGUUCCUCCAGCUCCACACUGUGUUAUCUCUGACUCCAGCAUCGGCAGUUCUUAAUAUCUCUACCACUAAGUAGUGUUUUGUUUGCAUCUUCAUUUUAAUUCCUUACAACUGAAGCAAAAGGAGUUAAAAUGUAUUCUGUAGGGUAAAAUGAAGUCCUUAGCCAUUUCUUUUAAGAGAUAACCUAAGAUUGAACUUUCUAAGCUUCCUGCUGAAAUGUGGUUCGUGUUUAUGUAUCGCACUGUCAACCACUUCUGAAGUUUAUCACCAGGAAAAUGAAAGAUGUCUGCUUUCUAAGUAAUUAAGCUUAGAAUUUUGUUUUCUUCAAUAUUUCAAAGGGUAAUUUAUGAUUCAGAUUUCAGUGCAGUACAUUGUUCUAGUUAGCUUGGAACACACUUUCCCUAUUAUUACUGUUGUUUGUUUAUUUUAGGCUGAGUGCUGCCUCUGUUUCUUCCUGACAUUAGCCAAGUUGCUCAAGGAACUAAUUACCAAACUACAGCAGAUAACGUAGCCACAUAAUUAAACCAUGUGAGCCUAUAAUAAAAGCAAAAUACUAUGGAUGCUGGAAACCUGAAAUAAAUCCAGAGAAUACUGGAGAACUAAAGAUAGAUUCUAAACCAGGUCUCACACCUAACAUGCAUUAUCUGACCUAAAAUGUCACUUCUUCUUUGCACUGUUAAAACUUUUAGUUCUUUCAGGGCGGUGACUUGAAAGAUAUUUGAGGAUUUAUGUACAAUUAAUCAAUUUAAUCAAUUAAAACCUUCUAACUCAUUAACGAUUUAACAGCAACUUGGGUUUGUUUAAUACAUCCUCAUCAGUUGUGUGACCCCUUGAUAUUUUUAAUUAUAAAUUGUGUUCUGUGUGCUUCUUUCUCACUUCAACCGAUGAAGGUUCUAUGCGCUGAAAGCUUGUGUUUUCAA